AUUUAAAGUUUUUGUGGCUUUGAACAGGGUAAGAAAUACAAUAUGCUCAACCGGAAAGAACUCUUCCACCACGAUCUUUCAACUGAAAGUAUCAAUCAAACUAAUAACAGGAAUGGCAGUGAUAAUCAGAAUGCCUUGGCUCGAGGAGGUAUAAAUGAAAUUAAUCGUAAUUCAAGUUCAGGCAACAGCAACCAGAGCAACUCUGAAAGCGAAAGAAACGAACAUAUUAAUAAUGUUUCGCAAAAUGACCAAAGGACCGUAACUGCGAUAGCACUCCCUGUUAGGCAAGCAGAAUAUCUUGGGUCACGGAUACCAAAUCGCAGUCGGCUUCCAGGAGACAGAAUUCAUACUAGUCAUGGAGGCAGGAGACAGUCAACCCAGAAUAAAACAAUCAAAAGGAUCCAAGGAAAAGGCUUUGCUAUUAUGAAAGAAAUAGAUAAAGAUAAAGAUCCCAAUUACUUGAAAGCAAAAGCGAUAGAGGAUUAUAGCCAUCCAGAUGAUAUGAAUAAAAUCGGACUCCAAAAAAUCUCCACCAAGAAAGAGGAAGGGGUGCUCCCAGGAUCAUCAUGCUAUAAACACAGAGCUGAUAUUGUAAAGAAGAAAUAAUCCUCCCUUGAAUCCUAAUUUUAAUCAUCCUGUACAAGAAACUGAGGGUAAAAACCCUCAGAUCUCAACUAAAUGUGUUAUGAACAGGAAUCAACGGUCCAAACUUCUUCACCAGCAGAAGGAAAGAUUCGUCAAUAAAUUUAAAGAAAAGGGGAACAUUUUCCAACAUCGAAAUUUCAGCUAUGAAAAUAUUGAUUCUUUCUGAAAUGAAAUAAUUCCUUCAAAGGAUGACUCCUUACACUUGAACCCCUUGGUAAACCCCAGGCAGGUCAAUUUCAAUAAGACAAAAGCAGCUGAAGAAAGUUCGAACAAGUUCAUACCUUCUGUGGAAAGCUGGAAUGAGAAGAGAAAAGGCCUCGGGACUGUCAAGCAAGCUAAGAGGAAGGCAUUAAAGCUUAAGGAUAAAACAGACACUCUUAUCCAAAAGUAUAAGAAUAGUGAUCAUAUGAUUAAUAUGAGAGAAGAUUUCCACAAAAAUAAGAACCCACCUGGAAUUUUUAGGUCUCCCAUCGUAGAAAAAGGAAUUUUCUUCAAUAAAUUCCAACAGAAUGACUUUUAUGAAGAAUCUGAGGAUGCUUUGCAUCAUUUUCCAGACAUCAUCGAAGGAGAUAAUCAUGAAGAAAUCAAAGCUCAAUAUGUGGAACCUGUCACUCAUAAACUGCCGGAUCUGAGCAACAAAUAUCGCAAAAUGCUGAAAGAAAGCAGCAGUGAUGAGUUUGAUCCCAAGCCCCUACUUAAGAAGGAAUAUCUUGAAGAUAAUUCUGAGCUUGAGCAAAAACUUAGCAUUAUGAAAGAACCUGAUAUAAACAAGAAUCACACACGGAAUGAGAAAGAAAUUCAUCAAACCACUGUCAAUAAAAGCAGGAGCUUAAUAAAAAGAGGGAAGAAGUUCAAAUAGCCCAGUAGAACUAAAGCUAAAAUCUAAAAUCCCCCCGUUCUCCAACACAAUGAAGAAAAAUAUCAGAGCUUUCAAAGAAGAUGUCUCUAGCGCUUCCCCUUCAAGGCUAAUGAAUUUGAGUGGAGGAAACUCUAAAAAGAAAAAGAAGGUUAUUAGCAAGCAUAAAAUCAUACUAAAAGGACUCAAAAAGAAGAUAAAUAUGGGCUAAUUUCUCCAAAUUAAAGCAUUAAUUCCUUUUGUUAUAUGACAAGCGUAUUUU